AUGAUGACAAACACAAACCGGAAUCAGAUGACCGAGAGGAUCCUGGAUCUGACCCUGGAGGUCAACUACCUGCUGACUGGAAAGGUGAGGGAUUCUGGGAAUGUCCAUAUUUUAAAAAAACAACAAAAAAAAACAACAGGGGGUGUGGGGAAGGGGUGGGGGAGAUGUUGCAGAGCUGCAAUUUUAUAAUCCCAGGAUCUCUGCUGGUAGAAUGCAAUAACCAAGUACAAAGCUGGAAGCAGGCAAUAUUCCCAAAUCCUCCCAAGAACCAGACGAAACACAGUCUGAGAGUCAACUGCCACUUUAUUCAAAAAGACUGAUAUUUAAAGCAGGUCACUCAACUGUCACUUUAUUAAAAAUAACUGAUAUUUAAAGCAGGUCACUCAACAGGGGUUUCCAAAGAUGGGCAGCAGGGGUUUUGGUUGAGGGGACUGGAGGGAGACUACCGUUUCCAGGUCCUCCUCCCAACAGCCCCUGCUGUAACAUACAGUAAUGAAAACUACGAGGACAUAAACCGUUACCUUUCUACUUCAAAAUAUACAACUUAGUCAGUUUUAAUAGCAAUGCUAACGAAUGGGGAGGAUUCGAACAGACAUACACAGUACAGCAUAAAUUAAACAUAGCCGGAGACGCCACACUAUACCGGCGCGCAGUACACAACAGAAAAUAGGCACAACCAUUCUAUCUUAGGCAGUCCCAAGUGGCUAGGUUUGCCACAAUGCUCCCCAAAACCAAGCCGGCAUACACAGUCUGAUCCCAACGGAUCGGCUUGGGGAUGUCCGGGGGAGUGCUCACAGAUCAUUUCUCAAGUUCUGUCUGUCUGGACAACCCAUCGGCGUUACCAUUCUGUUUUCCAGGGCGAUAAUGGAUCGUGAAAUCAAACGGCUGCAGCGCCAAACUCCAGCGCAACAGCCGGGCAUUGUCUCCUGACACCCUGUGUAGCCACACCAACGGGUUGUGAUCUGUGAGCAAGGAGAAUGGUUGUCCAUACAAAUAAGGUUGUAACUUUUUGAGGGCCCACACCACGGCCAGGCAUUCCUUCUCGAUGGCGGCGUAGCCUACUUCCCUUGGUAGUAAUUUUCUGCUUAAGUAAGCUACGGGAUGUUCUCCGCCAUCAGCUCCCACUUGGCUCAGUACUGCCCCCAAUCCAAACAUGGAAGCGUCUGUGUGAACAAGAAAUCGUUUAGUUGGAUCAGGGGCAGUUAACACAGGAGCCUUAGUUAAUGCAGUUUUUAGUUCAUGGAAUGCCUGUUCACACUCUGGGGCCCAGUUGACCUGUCGUGGCAAGUUUUUCUUGGUCAAGUCCGUCAGGGGUUUGGCCAGGGCGCUGUAAUUGGGCACAAAUUUUCUGUAGUAACCAGCGGUACCAAGGAACGCCAAUACUUGUGUCUUUGUCCUGGGGGUAGGCCACUUAGCUACUGCCUCUAUCUUGGCCGGUUCGGGCCUCUGCUGUCCGCAUCCUACCCUGUGACCCAGGUACUGCACCUCUGCCAUCCCUAUGUGACACUUGCUAGGUUUUAGUGUCAGCCCUGCCUCUCCAAUACGGUCAAUGACCACACUAAUAUGUUUCAAAUGAUCUGCCCAGGUCUGGCUAUAAAUGGCUAUAUCAUCUAAGUACGCACAGGCGUACUCUUGGAACCCGUCCAGUAGCCGAUCUACCAUCCUCUGAAAGGUAGCCGGAGCGUUUUUCAUCCCGAAAGGCAUGACCCGAAAUUGAUACAGGCCAAACGGGGUGACAAACGCCGACUUGGGGAUGGCCUCCUCGGCUAGUGGAAUCUGCCAGUAUCCCUUACACAGAUCAAUGGUAGUGAGAUACUGGCCUCUUGCCAUCCUAUCUAGCAGCUCGUCUAUACGGGGCAUCGGGUAGGCGUCAGACACUGUUUUGUCAUUGAGCCUCCGGUAGUCUACACAAAACCGCGUGGUGCCAUCCUUCUUGGGUACUAGCACUACCGGUGAUGCCCAGGGGCUAUCUGAAUGUUCGAUAACCCCUAACUGCAACAUUUCCUCAAUUUCUUUCCUCAUGUGCUCCCUUACUGCUUCAGGGAUACGAUACGGAGUCUGUCUCAUAGGGAGCUGUCCUGGGGUCUCUACUCGGUGGGUAGCUAACAUAGUGUACCCUGGUAAAUUGGAGAAGGUAGCACCUUUUGCCGCAAUCAACUCCUGUACCUGGGCAGGCUCCUGGAGACUUAGCCGCUCCCCCAGCUGCACACCUGUAGCGUUUUCUGCAGAAUCUUCCUUUUCUAACAUGUCUGGCAAGGGCAGAUUCUCAUAAUCCUCAGUGGCUGGGGCACAGAUGGCUGCUACCUCCUCUAUUCUCUGGUGAUAGGGUUUGAGCAUGUUCACAUGGAGCAUGCGUCGUUUCCCUACCCCAGAGCACGGGCCGAUCACAUAAGUGGUGUCACAUCUCUGUUCUACCACUUGGUAUGGGCCCUGCCAGGUGGCCUGUAGCUUGUCUGUGCGGACAGGUUUCAAAAUUAGAACUUUCUGUCCCACCUGAAAGCUACGGUCUCUGGCUCCCCUAUCGUACCACCGGCGCUGUCGCCGCUGAGCCGCCCGGAGGUUCUCCCGUACGGUUUGGGUUAGAGCCUCCAAGCGGUCCCGGAACUCCAGCACUUGUGGGACAACCUCCCCACUCCCGUUAUAAUGGCAGGUCCAACAUCCAGUGCCAUGCCUGUAAGCAAUGGGGGCACAUGGCCCGGGAGUGCACCCAAAACCGGAGCCGCAAGAACUGGAAUCAGCUCCGGCAGAAUAUGGCCCCGCGGGCAGCUGCUCAUUAUUAUCAUGCAGAGCCAACUUUGCCAGGAGUGCCGCUUGAGUCGGCUGAUGAACCCCUGGGCGUUUUGCACGAUGUAAUGUCCAUCCAUGCUACUGACAACCGACAACCACAUUGCCAGACCGUGACUCUGGAAGGGAAAGAGGUACAGGGGCAGGGUCAAUAACUGGAAACGGUUGCGGGUUGGGUUUUGCAUACCCUCGGUUAUUAUUUUUAUGAUGCCUCCUAGCAUCAUAAUGUUGGUCGGCCAAUCGUGCCGCUUCGGUUAGGGUGUGAGGAUUUCGGUCAUUCACCCAUUCUUGAGCCUCUGGUGCCAGGCCAUUACAAAACUGCUCCAGUAGCAACAUCUGGCGUAACUCUUCCAUGGUGGUAGCUCUGCUGGCUUGUAUCCAGCCUUGUGAGGCUUGGUCAAGCUUGUGUGCCCACUCCGCAUGUGAGUCUUUGUCCCCUUUUUUCAAUUCUCGGAACUUGCGCCGGUAUGCCUCUGGGGUAAUGGCAUACCUUUCUAAUAGCGCCUGCUUUACCUUGUCAUAAUUCUUGCUGUCCUCUCUGGGUACAGCCCGGUAGGCGUCUGCUGCACGCCCAGACAGUUUGCCUGCCAACAAAGGUACCCACAUAGCUUGCUCUACAUCAUGCAAGUCACACAAUCUUUCAAAAUCUUGCAAGAAUCCAUCUAUUUCGUCUUUAUCCUCGCAAAAAGUUUUAAAUGCAUGAUGUGGUAUUUUUGGCCUUCCCUGGCCCACAGUUGAAACAGCAGCGGUUUCUGCUUGAGGUGAGAAGGCUUGAUUCCUUUGCGCCAUCACGUACUCCUGUGCAUCCGCCGAAAUUAUGGUCAUAAUUUCUGGAGAUACUGGAGCGGGCCAAAAUGCCAAUCUUGUCCUCAUUUCUCGUUCAAAUGGGGUCUCCUCCAUGUUUGCUGGGGGUGUAGCACUACGAGCUCGGUCUCCUUCCAUUAGCUCGGCAAUAAGUCUUGCUUUAGGCUUAUUGCUGGCUAUCUUACCCCUGGCUUCCAACAGCUCCUUUAACGUUUGCCGUUUCAAUAUGGUGUAGUCCGUCCCCAUUCACUUCUGCAUCUGUAUCAAUUGCCUUCUGCUUUCCAGUAUGUCAAUUCCAAUUGUAUAAACAGCGUUUUUCCUGCUGUACGGUUGGAUCCCGCCGCUUGCCACCAAUUGUUGCAGAGCUGUAAUUUUAUAAUCCCAGGAUCUCUGCUGGUAGAAUGCAAUAACCAAGUACAAAGCUGGAAGCAGGCAAUAUUCCCAAAUCCUCCCAAGAACCAGACGAAACACAGUCUGAGAGUCAACUGCCACUUUAUUCAAAAAGACUGAUAUUUAAAGCAGGUCACUCAACUGUCACUUUAUUAAAAAUAACUGAUAUUUAAAGCAGGUCACUCAACAGGCAGGUCACUCAACAGGGGUUUCCAAAGAUGGGCAGCAGGGGUUUUGGUUGAGGGGACUGGAGGGAGACUACCGUUUCCAGGUCCUCCUCCCAACAGCCCCUGCUGUAACAUACAGUAAUGAAAACUACGAGGACAUAAACCGUUACCUUUCUACUUCAAAAUAUACAACUUAGUCAGUUUUAAUAGCAAUGCUAACGAAUGGGGAGGAUUCGAACAGACAUACACAGUACAGCAUAAAUUAAACAUAGCCGGAGACGCCACACUAUACCGGCGCGCAGUACACAACAGAAAAUAGGCACAACCAUUCUAUCUUAGGCAGUCCCAAGUGGCUAGGUUUGCCACAGGAGAUAAGAGGAUGAAGCAGGUCACUCCUUUUGAAGAUCAAGGUGUGCACCAGUAACCUAUCAAUGGUACCUGUGCAUGGCUGCCUGUGUGUAUCGUAGCGGAUGACAGUUUUCAAAGUCACUGUUAUUUUAUAGGCAGUAAACUCUAGUGUACAUAUCUAUAUAUGAGAAUCAGUGAGAAGAGAGUAAAAUAGGUGGAACAUGGAUGGUAGGUGAGUGGUGUGGGAUUAGUGCAAUGUGGAUUUGUUUGUGGUGGGAUGGAUUGGAUAUAAAGGGUAAAUGGUAUGUAGAGGGUAGUUUGCAUGGCAUACUGAGGGUGGGUGAUGUGGGAUGGAUGAUAUACGAGUUUCCAUUUAUGAGGGUGUCCACAAAGCAUAUGUCAGUGGAAGGUCCAAAAGUUUGAAAAUUGUUCAAGAGGGCCAAAACCCAUUUUGUUAUUGUGGCUGUAAUACAGGGGGGUAUUGAUUACCAUCAGUGUGUUUGGAAGUCAUAAAUGUUACCCUUCACCAGAGCCCCAUGUAACUUGGGUGCUGCUAAAACUUCCUCUUGCUACAACACAGAAACGAAGGAUCUGGAAGGUAGCUCUGGGUGCUGGAGCCCACAUUUCGAGUUAAACUAUUACCUUCAUUGGUUAAACCAUUUUGUAAGAUGAUGCUCUGACACAGCUACUUCCUAAAACAACUUAAAAUGUUAUGGGAACUGGAGUUUUGCGAUAAGGGGCUGGAUCUCAAUGAUCCCAUAAGUGGACUCAGGGGAGGGGCCACUGGCUAGAGUGCAUCAGGUUUGACUUGGCGACCAAGCUCCAAAUGCUUUUGAAAUCACGCAAGGUCUCUAUGUUUAACCAUGAAGGUUGUGUAAAUCUACAGAUUAGUCUUCAUCCUCUCAAGUAUGUCUUUGUAAACUCUUAAGGUAGGAAUCCAAUUCAGAAAUAGGUGAGGUUCGUGGAUAUGAAUACAGGGUUAAUAAUCUAUCUUUGUAGGUCUAUUGAAUGCAUAGGCUUUGUGACAUCUGUAUACUACAGAAAUAUAAAUGCAGAGGAAUACUCAGAAGAGAUAUGGUUUUAUAGUAAGUGCUUCACUCACGUAGUGUCACCUACCGCAAUUUGUAGGAUUAUGUUAUCACGAAGAGACUUGGUGAGUCUAAACUGCAGAACUGCAAUCUCCAUGUGGCUGAAGGAUCCAGCAGGGCCCAGAGUCCCAGCACAGUGGCUUCACCUCACUCACUAAUCCAUGAGGGAAGCAAUGACCAGAAGAUCCUGGAACUGACCAAUACGAUCAUCCACCUGCUGACUGGAGAGGUGAGGCUGCUGGGAAUGGGACAAUAUACAGUAAAAAAGUGUGACUUUAUCAUUGUGUGUCAGGUUCCUAUAAGGUCGUGAUCUAUUUUACUUGUAGGUGUGGGCUUAUUUAAAAGGACACAAGGAAUCCUCCAGAGAUGUGGAGACUCACAGGCAUCUCAACUUACUGGGUAAGAUGUUUAAUCAGCUUUAUCUUUAUUUAUAUCAAAGAUGUUAGGACCACAUCACAUAAAGAAUCUAAUUACAGUUUCACAGUUGGUUUCGAUAAUCUCAAACCCAUUAUUUGCAAGACCAAAAUACUUAGAUAAUCAUUUGUACUACUGGAUCAAAAGACACAAAAUAAGUGGUAAUAUAACCAAUGACAUAUUGAUGAAUUCUAUAUUUAGAGCCAACAUAUUAACAUUGUAUAGCACUGCAGAAAAUACAGACCGAACGAAACAUUGGUCUAUAGAGAUACAUUUGAGGACGCUGCAUGUUGGCUUACAAUCUACAACCUUGGGCAGCACUGUCACUUAUCACCUUUUCAUAAAGUAAGAUUCUUAAGUAAGAAUGGAAAACUCCUGAUGGCUGAUAAAACCCGUUCACUGGCAAAAUGUGACAAUGGUUGUAACUUCUGCUGCUUGAACCUGCCAUUUUCCAUCGGUUGUUGAUUGGAGACAUUUUCAGCAGUAGAUAAAUAUGCCAUCUUACUGCACAAGCAUGUGAUUACUGGUGGGUUACCUCUCACAAUAUUCCAUAGACACUGUUUUGUACGCCUGUGCAUGUGCGAGAGUAUGCAGUUGAAGAUGCUGCUGUCAGAUGAGCGAUAAACACUACAUGGGUGGGGGGGUUGAUAAUUUGAUAGUGGUUCAGGAUUCAUGUUCAUUAUUGGUAUACAAGAACUGGAGAAAAAAAUGUGAAUCUGGUGUGUAAACCUCUCCUGUCUCUGUUCCUCCUGUCUCCUUUGUUGGUCCAUCUUACAACAUGUAAAUGUGUGCACUCCCUAUAGCUAACUUUAGUUAUGGUGCAUACAUGCUGGGUUCUUCACUACACUCGAGAAUAAUAGGGAAAUCAAAGUGAAAAGUCAGUGUGUACAUUGCUGAGUCGGCAUUAAACAGUUUCUUUGCCCCCAAACCAUUAGAUUAAGCUGUGGUUCUAACAGUCUAACUCUGCGAGGGUUUCUUUCUUUCCAUUAGAUGAUUCUGUGAGCCAAGCUGAAGUUGAUGGGUUUCACACUCAAGUUUCUUCACCAAACCAAGGAACAAACUGCAUGACAAUGAAUAAAACAAGGAAGACAGCGCAUACAUCUGUGAAACACGGGAGUGUUUUUAAUGAAGAAAGAAAUUUAAGGAAAACAGAUUCAAAUAUUUGUGCAGACACAAGAACUAUAGAAUCAGAAUCUAGUCCUACGGACGACUCAACCUUAGGUGACGCAGGGCAUCAUGCAGACACUCGUAAUUAUACAUCUACUUCUACUAUGGAGGAAACCGAACAUUGCAAAGGAAGAACUCACAUUGACGUUUAUACAUCCAUACAGCAUACACAGACAGAAUAUCCAUCUACAAAAAUUAAAGAGGAAUUUUCUUCCUGUGAAGAAGAGAAUCUCACCGACACUGACAUUGGUACACCAUCAAAACAUGCACAGACAGAAUAUUCAUCUACUCAUAUUAAGGAGGAAUUAGCCUCAGGUAAAGGUGGAAAUAUCACGGACACUGGCAGUUAUACACCCAUGGACUAUACAUGUACUCGUAUUAAAGAGGAAAUUGUAUCAUGGGAAGAAGGAAAUAUCAUAGCCACUGAAAUAUUUGCACCAAAUGAAUAUUCACAUACCGAAUAUCCACCUACUCAUAUUAUGGAACAAUCAAGAUUCUGUAAUGAAGAAAAUCUUCUAACUACUGAUAUAAAUAAACUGGCAGAACAGCUGCAGACAGAAUAUACAUCUAUUCAUAUUAAGGAGGAAUUGGCCUCUUUUGGAGAAAAUAAUCUCACCUAUCCAGACAUCCAAACAUCCUCUUGUUCUAAUGGGAUACAAAACAGCUUUCACGAUCUAUUUCUUGGCAAACAUCAGACCGUUCAUAAUGGAAAGAAAAUGGCGUGUUUGCAAGCUCACAGGAUUCGCCGUGGAGAAAAAUCAUUUUUUUGUUCUGAAUGUGGAAAAUGUUUUAAAUUGAAAGCCUCUCUCAACAUACACAAGAUGAUUCACACCGGAGAAAGGCCCUUUUCAUGUUCUGAAUGUGGGAAAAGUUUUAAAGUAAAAGCAUCUCUCAACACGCAUAAGAUGAUUCACACAGGAGAGAAACCCUUUUCUUGUUCUGAUUGUGGGAAAAGCUUUACAUUGAAAACUACUCUUAACAUGCAUAAGAUGAUUCAUACUAAAGAGAAACCAUUUCCAUGUUCUGAAUGUGGAAAAUGUUUUAGACUGAAGUCGUCUCUUAACUCACACAGGAUGAUACACGCUGGAGUGAAACCAUUUUCCUGUUCACAAUGUGGAAGAUGUUUUACAGAUAAAUCGAAUCUUGCAUCUCAUAAAAGGAUCCACUCUGGAGAGAAACCCUUUUCCUGUUCUGAUUGUGGGAAAUGUUUUAAACUGAAGUCAUCUCUUAAAAAGCAUUACGCAGUUCACAGUGGAGAGAAACCGUUUUCAUGUUCUCAAUGUGGAAAAUGCUUCACCCACAAAUCAAAUCUUACCUCUCAUCAGAAGAUUCACUCAGGAGAAAAGCCAUUUUCUUGUUCUGAAUGUGGGAAAUGUUUCACCCGUGAAUCCGUUCUUAAGGGUCAUCAAAGGAUUCACACAGGAGAAAAGCCAUUUUUUUGUUAUGAAUGUGGGAAAAGAUUUACAGAUCGAUCAAAUCUUUUUCACCAUCAAUUAGUUCACACAAAAGAUAAACCAUUCUCAUGCGCUGAGUGUGGCAAACGUUUUGUUCGCAAAACUGAUUUUAAUCGACAUCAGAGUAUUCACAAAGAUGUGAAACCAAUUUUGUUAUGA